CACCCGACACUUCGGUCCACCACCUCAUCCUUGGAUGGGUGGCUCUCCCGGAUUCCUGUCCGUCAGUCUCCUUAUGGUCGGCUCCCUGUUAACUCAUACUCUCCGUUCUGUAGAAUCUAUUCAUUCCCUGUCUGGGAAGGUGGGCGAUUCCUAAAUGCAGAAUCGGAUCGAAUCCAGUCGAAUCGAAUCGAAUCAGAAUCUGCCGUUGCCUGCCAAGGACGCAACGACACACGACACCUUGCCCAUCAUCCAUCCAAAGAUCAAAGAUCCACCCCAGUUUCCCAACUCUCAACACCUUUUCCUGACACUCAAGUAGUAUCAGGUAGUCCGUCGCUGCAGUCUAACACCUUUUGUGUUCAUUGGAACACCGUCUCUACUGAGUGGAGCCAAAGGAUUUGCCGUUGAAUCAGGCUCCAAACACCUUUUGUCCAAUCCUCGUUUUUUUCACCACGGUACAUCGGAUUGAUCGCCCUAUCAGGUAGAAAGAUCCAUGUCGUUGGGCAGCUGUAGUUUGGAAAGCUGGUCGAUUUCUUCGCUUGAGAAAACUGCAUCCAAAAUCCUCAAGGCUCAUAAAAUAGAGACGACCUGAACUGAAAGAGCUCGCUCCAGAUUUACCACAGUUCAACUCUUUGAACUGUGGCAAGCAGGAUAUCGAUUAAUUGAGUUGGAAUUCAACCACGAUACGAGGACACCAAUCUGUUAUCAUGUCUGAAGAAGGUGACACCACACAGCCACGUUAUCGUGGAGGAUUCUCCAGUUCGAUUUGGGAUGGUCUCUUUGAGAAUCAUGACGAGAUCCACUCGGAUUGCUGUGCUCUAACUUGCUGUGGAAUCUUGCUUUAUGAUCGAAGUGCGUAUCUUCUGACGGACCAGCGGCCCUCCUGGAAAGGUCGCUGCUGCAGUGCAUUCAUGUACUGUUGUGUACUGCUGGCUCUCUUUCUGGUGGCUCUUUUCCGUAUCGCACUACGAACUCAACACGAUGAUGGAAGAAAAGGACAUGAUUCCACCCUGGCUCCUCAGGACGUGGAAUUUGACAACAUGUUGGAAAAGGCUGCCUAUAUCUUGCUGAUUUUGUUCGCGGCGUUAUCCUUUUACUUUUUGUAUUCAGCAGUCAAUCAUCGCCUCCACUUGAGACGAGCUCUCAUGUGCAAGAUGUACGAAGAACGCGGUGAGCCAGAAAGCCGAGUCGAAACGGAGGUGCCAACUGCCGCCACACCUCUGGUUCCCAGCAACAACAACAACAAUCUGCAAACCUUCUUGCAAGCAGAAGAAUCCUACAUGGUGUCGUCGACUUCUGUUUGUGGAUGCCUUGGCAUAGAUGGAACUCCACCAGGCAACAACCCAGCAGCAGCGGACACGUGCUAUUGGAUGUGGAAGGCACUCGGGGCCAUGUUUUGUGGAGCCUGUUGUAGUUGUUGGUGUCAAUGCUGUGGAUUGUGUGCCAUGGCACAAGAAGAUCGAGAAUUGCAACGCAUGUUGCCAAAAAAGAACUUUCAAAUGGACUAUAUUACAUUUCAACCCUUUGAAGCGUACUUUCCCAAGCUACAGCAAUUGCGAGACGACAGAGUCAACAAUCCCUUUGCUCACAUGAAGGAGCUGUCACAGCUUUCCAGUCAUCUGACGCGUAUUUUUCUGAUUGUGUUGGCAUUCCUGGCGGUGCUGGCACUUUCCGGGUUGGAUCCUUUGUUUCAACUGCCGAAUCUUGGGGUUGUCGGUUUGCUAUUUCUACAAGCUUUUAUCAUUAUCACAUUGGUUCACUGGAUCUGGAACCGAUUUGAUAUAUCCUUUGAUGCGCUUGUCAAGUUCUUUGCUAGUGGUUUCCUACUGGGCACAACAAAUGCGUUGGUGUAUGAAACAAUCGUGUCUACCCUAUUGAGUGCAGGAGGAAUCGUUCUUGGCUGGGUUUGGCUCUUCUUUAUGGUAUUGACUGGCACAGUGGAUGUCGAUGAUGAUGACAAUGCUCCCAGUACCGGCUCCUCUUUGACUUAUGCGCUCAAUUACUAUGCAAUGAAAGCGCACAAAGAAGACCCCACACUGGAGGCUCCAGUGCUCCCUGCGUGGGUGCUAGUCAUCAUGGCGUUCCUGAACGCUUUUGUUGUUGCUGCAUUGGUGGAAGAGACCGUGAAGUACUUUGGUUACUGGAUGGUGGAACACCCCGACUUGAUGGUUCCAUGUGAGGCACCUCCUACUCAUAGCGACGAGAAUGGCAAUAAUGAUCGGGGUGAAGCUUCUGAGGCUGAGGUUUCCACUGAUGGCUCCAGUCUCACCGUUCCAACCUCUCGGUCCCUCAGAUCUGUCGGAGCUGGAAUCACAAUCGCCAUGGUUACGACCGCUUGUGGGUUUGCGUGCUGCGAAAACUUUCUCUAUGUGUUCUUUUACAGCGGCCCGACUUCAGCAGCGCAAGAAGUGGGAACCUUGGUGGUCCGGUCCAUGUUUCCUGUCCAUCCUCUUGCAGCUGCCCUUCAAUCCAUUGGCGUUUGCCGUCGUGAUCUAGAGAAAGAUCACUCAAUGGGCAUGGGAAAGGUUCUUUUGCCAGCGCUCUUGCUACAUGGAUUCUUCGACUUCUCUCUCAUGUUCCUUCAAUUGUUGACCCAGUCAUCAAUACUGGGAUGGGUGGGAAGCUGGUUUAUUCAAUCCGCGGUCGGAAAAGUUCCCACAGAACCAAGCACACCACUUGACGAUCCUUCACAAGAGGAAGUGACAGCAUCGAUGGCUGCAAUGACUUCCUGCGUGAUGACUGUGUGCGUCGGUUUUAUCUACUACUUUGCCAUGGCCAUUGCGCAGAGGAAACGCCUCGUUGAGCUUGACGAGGAGAGGCGACGAACCGACGGAUAUGAGCAGCUUCAUUGAUGCACACGCUUGAAAGUGUCAUUCGUUGGUGUACGAAAUUCAUCGUUGAACCAAUGACCAGGGUGCCUUGAAGCUUGGCAUGCAAGCAGAUGCAACCAAGGGAAUGGAAUCUUUGUUUCCUGCUCUGCUGCACCAGCCAGUGCCCGUGGCUGCAGACAAGGUUCGCUUCUAUGGAAACCUGGAGUUGGCUACUAUCCACUACAAUUCCACUCCACUUGCAUUCAAGUUGCAACCGAACUCACACCAAAAGGCACUGAUAAUGGUCUAUAGCUUUUGGUCUCUUCGACUCUACUGUAUGCCACUGUGACGCUAGCCAGCGGUACCGUAACGGUACAGAUUGAAUUCUUGCAACAUGCGUACAUGUACUGUACAGUCCAAUAGCCUCCUGAUGUACCGGUAGACUAUCGUACAUGUACUAGCUAGCAAAGCAGAGAUGCAACCCAAAAGCCGGUAGACGGCUGCCUUCUCCAUGAAGCAAGGGCCAGUGAGUGGUUGCUUGCAUAUCUUGACUAAGCUGGGAGUGCAAAGCAGCCAUGCUGGUUGAGAAAGAGGCGAUACAAGCAGAUGGUAGAGAAUGAAAUCAAUUUUGCUCGGGUUUCGGUCUUGGUGUGCAAGCUGUAAUGCUCUUGAUCGCGAAGCACAAACGCACAAACAGCCCCUCACCAAGUCGACAGUCGUUUGCGGGAGGGUCUCUUCGUGAUGCACAUCGCCACAAUCUACGCAAGAAAAUUUGCUGGUGCUUUUGUCGGUAUGUGGAAUAUUAAAAAGACCACUCAUAGUACAUGUUCCGGUACAGUCUGUUCUCUCUCAUAUUUACUUUCUUUAUCC